UUGACACAAACCUUAAAAGUUCCCACCCAAGGUCGAAACCAGGAGUCAUUUUAAACUGAAUCGGUGCAUGGGUGGGGUUGUGGAGGGAAACUGAGACAAUUCCCUCUUUUCUUAUCCAGAUUUCAACUUUCUGUUUCUCUGUUCUCUGUCUCAUCGUCCUCUCUCUGUACCUGCUCUUCCUCCUCUUUGUCCAAGCUGAAUCCCUGAUUUCACCUUUGGUUGGAAAAUAGUCUCAAACUCACAGGAGCUCAGUGUCUGUGAAGAUCCUCAGUGAUCCAGGUGGUGAUGUUUCUGAGGCUCUGCUCAGACCUGCAUUAACAUGUGUCUUCAGUGAUUCAGUAAAAUAUUUUCAGUUCAUUAUGAAACUGUGGCGGGACUAAUGAGACUGUGGCAGAGGACGUCAGUAGAGUGGGCGGUCCUUUAAUGUUGCCCAGGAUGCAUUUGUGUCCACACUGCUAAAAGCAUGUGACACGUGGCCCAGACCUCCUCCGAAUGUGAUCUGACUGAUCGGAUCUCAAAUGCGUCAAUGCAUCCAACCAGGCGCUUGUCUCCCCCUCCAUUAUUUAGAGUAGGUGAUAUAAGAACAUAACCUGCUCAAAAUCUUUUACCAACAGCAUGAAGGGGAUAUUCAUGUCUGUCCUCAGUCCCUUCUCUUCUUUCAGUGCUCUCCACUGAGGAAAAGCCACACCAAUGGUGACCCAGUAUGUCGACAUGUCUGCUGCCAGCUGUCUGCUGACUGAGGAUCAGUUUCUGUGCUCCAUCUGUCUGGAUGUGUUCACUGAUCCAGUUGCCUUACCAUGUGGACACAACUUCUGUAACAAAUGCAUCACUGAACACUGGGAUGUUAAUGUCCAGUGCCAGUGUCCCAUCUGUAAAAGACUUUACAACACAAGACCUGAGCUGCAUGUAAACACUUUCAUCUCUGAGAUGGCUGCUCAGUUCAGACAGUCAGUUCAACAGAAAACCAGCAGCAGCAGCAGCUCAGAGCAACAAGCUGCCAAACCAGGAGAAGUUCCCUGUGACGUCUGCACUGGAACCAAGCUGAAGGCCCUGAAGUCCUGCCUGGUUUGUCUGGUCUCCUACUGUGAGACUCACCUGGAGCCUCAUCUGACAGUGUCAGGCCUGAAAAGACAUCAGCUGAUUGACCCUGUGGAAAACCUGGAAGGCAGAGUGUGUACGAAUCAUGAUAAACUGCUGGAGCUGUUCUGCAAGACUGACCAGAUGUGUGUCUGCAUGCUUUGCACCUAUUCAGACCACAAGGCUCAUGAUGUUGUUCCUCUGAAAGAAGAAUAUGAAGGAAAGAAGGCUGAGCUGAAGGAGACAGAGGCUGAAAUUCAGCAGAUGAUCCAGAAGAGACGACUGAAGCUUCAGGAGAUCAAACGCUCAGUGGAGCUCAGUAAAGAACGAGCAGACAGAGAAACAGCAGAAGGUGUUCAGGCCUUCACUGCUCUGAAGGAGUCUGUUGAGAGAGGCCAGGCUGAAUUCAUCAGGACGAUCAAAGAGAAGCAGAGAACAACAGAGAAACAGGCUGAAGACUUCAUCAAAGAGCUGGAGCAGGAAAUCUCUGAGCUGAAGAAGAGAAGCAGUGAGGUGGAGCAGCUCUCAGUCUCUGAAGAUCACCUCCACCUGAUCCAAAGCUUCUCAUCCCUGAACACUGCUCCACCCACCAAGGACUGGACAGAGGUCAGCUUCUGUCCUCCAUCAUAUGAGUUGAUUGUAAGGAGAUCUGUGAUUCAGCUGGAGAAGACACUAGGUAAACAGAUAAAGAAGGUGUUAGAGGUUGAGCUGAAGAAAGUACAGCAGUAUGCAGUGGAUGUGAUACUGGAUCCUGAUAUAGUACUUCCCACACCCACCCAGUCUGACGAUGAACAACAGGUAAAGGAGGUUGAUAACUGUAGAUGUAUCUUGUCAGAUCACAGCCUCACUUCAGGAAGAUUUUACUUUGAGGUUCAGGUUAGCAGGUGGUCUAUGUGGACGUUAGGAGUGGCCACCAAGUCCAACAUGAAGAGACAAAUCACACUGAGCCCCAGCAAUGGUUUCUGGACUGUAAGUUUGGAGUACUUAGGUCGUUACUUUGCUGCUGCUGACCCACCAGUCCAUUUGUCUCCAAAGUCAAAGCCUCAGAAGGUGGGGGUGUUUGUGGAUUAUGAGGAAGGCCUGGUCUCAUUUUAUGACACUGAUACUGCAGCUCUCAUCUGUUCCUUUACUGGCUGCUCCUUCACUGAUAAACUCUAUCCGUUCUUCAGUCCAUGUCGGACUGAUGGUGAUAAAAUCCACAUAAUUUAUAGUUUAAGAAAGUUCCGAAGAAAAAAAACCUUGAGGCCGUGA